AUGCUCUCCGAUGAACAGCUACGCACAGACAUCCAUACCCCGCUCGAACCCCCAUCCGCGCCCUAUCUUCAGCCCGGUCCUUCUCUCGAUAACACCCCUAGAGAAUCAUACGUCGACGAUGCCUCUCAGCCUCGAGACUCUGCUUAUACUACAGCAGAUGUCACAUCUCCUCAUGCUUCGACCCCGUUCCUCAACGAAAACGAAAAGCACGCUGCAGCUACUGGUACACGUUCAGGGAAGCGGCCUAUCUACAAACGACCACUGUUCUGGCUUAUCACCGCUGCGGCAAUCAUCAUCAUCGUCCUCGCUGUUAUCCUUCCCGUCUACUUUACCGUCAUCAAACCCCACAACGAUAGUACGAGCGGUGGUUCGAGCGCUUCGGGAGGCGGCAGCGGGUCGAACCCAAGCUCGCCAACGGGGGCGACGACGGGUGGGAAUGGCACUGAGGUCAUCGAUUCGGCUACUGGGGAGAAAUUCACGUAUACGAAUGCGUUUGGCGGUUUCUGGGUCGAUGAUCCCGCGGAUCCAUUCAGCAACAACGCGCAAGUCAAUUCAUGGACGCCACCCCUCAACUCGACCUGGACAUGGGGCACCGACCUCGUCUACGGCGUCAACCUCGGAGGUCUGUUUGUCAUCGAGCCUUUUAUCACGCCCUCGUUCUUCCAGAAGUAUCCCAGCGCCGAAGAUGAGUGGACUCUCAGCGAGCUCAUGGCGAACGACACGUCGGAUGGCGGAGGAUUGCAGAACCAGUUGGAGGAUCAUUAUAAUACCUUCAUCACCGAGGUUGACGUCGCCCAGAUCGCUGGGGCUGGCCUGAACUGGAUCCGUCUGCCGAUUCCGUACUGGGCUAUUGAGACGUGGGAGGGGGAGCCGUUCCUUGAGGGGGUUUGUUGGAAGUACAUCCUGCGGAUGAUCGGAUGGGCGAGGAAGUAUGGACUCAGGAUCUACCUCGACCUGCAUACCGUUCCCGGCUCGCAGAAUGGCUACAACCACUCCGGCAAAUUCGGCCAAGUCAACUUCAUGAACGGAAUCAUGGGCAUCGCCAACGCCCAGCGAACGUUGGAGUACAUCCGCGUAAUUACGGAGUUCAUCUCCCAGGACGAGUACAAGGAUGUCGUUCCCGUGUUCGGGAUCGUCAAUGAGGCUUUGGUGGCGACGAUCGGGAGGGAGGAGAUCACUACAUUCUACUACAACGCCCACCAAAUGAUCCGCAACAUCACCGGUGUCGGCGAAGGCAACGGGCCCUACAUCGCCAUCCACGACGGUUUCCUCGGCGUCAACACCUGGGGCGAUUUCCUCCCGGGGUCCGACCGGAUUAUGAUGGACACGCACCCGUAUUUCGCGUUCAAUGGCCAGCCGAACGAUAGUCCGCUUGUGGCGGAUGAUGGGCUGGGAGAGCCGGGAGGAAUUUGGCCGUUGCAGGCUUGUAAUAGUUGGGCUGCGGGUAUCAAUACCAGUCAGGUCCAGUUCGGCGUCACCGUUGCUGGGGAAUGGUCGAACGGAUACAACGACUGCGGUCUUUAUGUCGAGGGCGUGAACAGUACGACUCAUUUCGGAGGCGACUGUGAUGAGAUGAACGACUGGCAGAGCUGGAACGAUACGUUCAAGGCUGGGCUGAAGAACUAUGCGCUUGCGAGCAUGGACGCGACGCACAACUUCUGGUUCUGGACGUGGAAGAUCGGUAACUCCUCCACCUCUGGAACCGUCGAAGCCCCCCUCUGGUCCUACCAACUCGGUCUCGAAAACGGCUGGAUGCCAACCGACCCCCGCGAAGCUCUCGGAAAAUGCGACGCCCUCGGCGCCUCGAUGAAUAUCUUCCCGGGAACUUACUCAGCCUGGCAAACCGGCGGUUCCGGCGCCGGAACCAUCGACGCCGUCCAAGCCUCAUCCUACUCCGCCUUCCCCCCUACAUCGCUCAACGGUCUCAACGGUCUCGCCAUUUCAUUACUGCCUACGUAUACUGCGACGGGGAGCGUCGUUAGUCUGAGUCCUACGAGCCUGACGGACAGUCCGAGCACGGUUACGCAGGAGAGCGGGUGGUUCGAUGCGGGGGACACGGCGGGUGCGCCGACGCCGAUUGCGGGGUGCUCGUAUGGGAAUGCAUGGGACAGUAUUGGGUAUGUUACGCCUACUGCUGUGUGCGGUACUGGCGCGACGGCUACUGUGAAGAGGGAGGUUAGGGAGCCUAUUAUUACUCCCGCGCCACCUCCACCGCCGACUUUGCCUCGUGCUAUGAGGAGGUUCUGA